UUAAGGAAGUCGUGUAUUUUUUUCUAAGAAAAACAAAAAAUCAUUCAGAAUUUUAAUAAAUAUCAAAAAUGUUUAUAAAAUCAUCGAUAACUCUGUCAAUAUUAUUGUUAGUUGUAGAGAUUAACGCAAAGCACGGACCACAUCAUCCGCGCAACAGCUACGUAGUAAAACGUGAAACUAGGAAGCAAGAGUUCAAUGAACAUCUAAAUAGUCACGAUAAAGAGCACUUAGCAGAAGAUUUAACAGGAAUGCAUGUUAAGCAUAAAGAAAUCUCAGAGAUGAGUGACGAUGAGAAAAGUUUCUAUUAUUUUAAAAUACACGACACUGACAAUAAUAAUAAUUUGGAUGGACUAGAAAUGAUUAAAGCUGCUCUACAUAGACACGGCGAAUCAAAUUCACAGGACGAGUUGUCGCACAUAACAAGUGUUGUUGACGAAUUCCUGGACUUUGCUGAUCUAGACAAAAAUGGAUUUUUAAACUAUGCAGAAUAUGUCAAAGCAAUGAAUGCAUCAAAUGAAGAUAAGUACGAAGAACCACCUCAAUCAAUCACAUCAUCUGAAAGUGCAGAAUCUCAUCAAGGCUAAACUCAAUUAAACUAGUUAACUUUGUGAUAAAAUAAUAAUAAUGCGGAGUUUGCAAUAGUUUAAUUCUGUUUUCUUAAGAGUCUCAUUUGUAAUCUCGUCACUUAAGUUCCAUAAUUCUGUAGCCAAAUUUUCAUUUAGUGAUAAUUUUGAUGAUUGAUAAAUAUAG